AUGAUUGAAAGGAUAAAAUUGAAAACUGAUUCUCGAAAGAAAGAAAGAAAGUCUGGACCGACUGUCCAAUCCAAAAUUGCAAACUUGGUCAAAAAGGAACCUAUCAUCAUUGAAAACUCCUCUGGCACCAUAGCUGGGGAUCCAGUGGAUGGGAAACUCAGGCAUUUACAUGAUGCAUCUGAUAUCGUUAAACCUUCAGCAACUCCUGAAAGACAGCUCAGUCCAUAA